AAAGCCGAAAGGAAACAAACGUCAUGAAUUAUUCGUUACAGCAUUUUACGUAAUAACUUGUGAUUGAAGACCCGUAGACCACAUCAGAAGAUGACAUGGAGAGAGCGGUUAGAAGCCAUGUGGGAGCUGGUAGUCAGAUUGCCUCCAUUAUUUGUCAUGGACAGCAUUCUUAACAAGUCCUUCUUUCCAGAAUUUUCUCUGUUUCAGUACCAGCCAUCAAUGUCUUCAAUGUCAUGGGCUGAGUAUUUUAUGUGGAUACUUAUAAUGACUGUGUUGUUUGUCCUGGCCCUUUGUGUGUUCUUGCUCACCACUGGUCAGUUACAGGACAUCUACAGCUUCGUCACUCUGGUCAGCCUCCUCUACAUGUCAUACCAGUGGAACCAGAACUUUCCCAUACCACCGGACAACAAACAUUCCUCAGAUGUCAAACAUAACUAUUAUGACAUCAUGCAGAAUGCAGUCACACAGAUAUUCUUGUCCUAUACAUUCACUUAUAUGUGGACCCUAAGGAAAAGAACUUUACCCAGGAAUGGAAUUAGGGCACUUAUUUCACUGGGAAUUAUGUCAUCUUUUAUGUUUCCUUCAAUUGUUUGUGUAGUAUUCCAGGAUAUUGGGUAUUUAUCCUGGGUGACACUGAUAUCUGUAGUGAUUCCAUCUAGUGUUCUAGCUGCAGAAGUAUGGAUCUGCGUCAGAGCUGUAGUUUGGACACUAAGACGGAUAUACAAUGUGAUUAAGAUAACUAUUAGUGCUAUUGGAAUUCAAGGAUUUGUUGAACAUCACUGGAUAAGACUACGGGUACCAAAAGUGCUACGAUUAUUUUGGAUAUCCAGACUCUUUUAUCAUUUCACCAUGUUGUGUCUUGAAGAGUUGUACCAAAGAGAAGUAGCAUUGACUUCUUUACACUCUUUAGACUAUCAGUCGAUCAUUAUCAAAUUAUUCACACAGAGCUGUGAGAACUUUGUUGCCAUGCUGGGCAUGACGAGUAUAGUGUCCUUCUUGGCACAUCAUGUGGGUGUUUUUUUGGCAUUCUGUGUGGGGUCCGACUCUGAGGAAGAUCGCAACAUGGGGACAGUGUCUGCGAUACUGUUCUUUAUUCUGGGCCUUCAAACAGGUCUAACUGGUCUUACACCAGAUGUGAGACUUGCAAGACUCUGUAAAAACUUUUGUCUGCUUCUCACUGCCAUCUCUCAUUUCAUCCACAGCAUGAUUCACCCGAUUCUGAUGUCCCUCAGUGCAUCACAGAGCAGUAAUGUGGUGCGGCAUUUGCGGGUGCUCUCAAUGUGUAUAUUUCUAUUGACAUUUCCAACAUGUUUACUUUUGUAUUUAUGGAGUCACUAUAGUGUUAGCACAUGGUUGUUGGCUGUGACUGCAUUUAGUGUGGAAGUUAUGUUAAAAGUGAUUGUGUCAUUAACAGUUUAUGCCUUAUUUCUUUUAGAUGCCUACAGAAACACUUUCUGGGAAGGCUUAGAUGACUAUGUGUAUUAUAUACAAUCAGCAGGAAAUACUAUAGAGUUUUUAUUUGGAAUAUUUCUGUUUUGCAAUGGAGCCUGGAUUAUGAUCUUUGAAUCGGGGGGAGCAAUACGUGCUAUUAUGAUGUGUAUUCAUGCUUACUGUAAUAUAUGGGUUCAAGCAAAGAAUGGAUGGCAAGUUUUUACCAAACGACGAACAGCAGUAAACAAAAUUAACUCUCUGCCACUGGCCUCUAAAUCAGAGCUGGAGACUCUUAAUGAUGUGUGUGCUAUCUGCUAUCAUGAAUUAAACAAUGCUAGAAUAACACGUUGUAACCACUACUUUCAUGGCGUGUGUCUUAGAAAGUGGCUCUACGUUCAGGAUAACUGUCCACUCUGCCACAAACUUAUUUAUGCCCCAGACAGUGUCACAAGUGAGACUCAAGAAAACAAUAAUGAUGAUGAUAACAAUCUUGAGGAAAUGGAUCCUGGGGCAGCGGCACCAAUCGGCAUCGAGGAUGCCAUUGUGCAGCAGCAAUUGAACCCAGUGAUAGGAAGGCAAGAUGUAGGUAGACAAUUGAAUAAUGGAACUUUUCAGCCUGCUAACACACUAAGAGUACAUCAAGACUAGCCAAAACUAGAAAUAAUGUAUUAAGUUAUUAUUUGUCUGCUUGAGCAAUGAGCAUCCCUGACAUCUCCUUAGACUUUAAGCAUGAUAAAAAUGUUUGAAGAUUAAUUUCAUAUUUUUUUCCCUGUCAGAAACAGAUUGGAUGAGAACUUAGUUAAUUUAACUUUAUAAUUUUCAUUGUUGAAAAUAUACAUACAUGUAUAUGAAUAAAGUUUUUUUAAGAAGUCUAAUAAUAAUUCCUUAUAAUUUAAUUAUCUAACAUGUAGUAAUAAAGAAAACAUUUUGUCCUCAAACAUGACUUCAAAUUGUAUGAAAUUUAAAUGCAACAUCAAGCUGAUUGAUAGUGUUUUUGACAACAGUCAUAUUGUGAACACAGGUUAUAAGUCAUAAACUUUUCCAGCAAAUGAACUUGUGUGUUACAACCAAAAUUAAAUUAUUCAUAUUGAAAUAUAAAUUAUCUUCCUUAAGAAAUAUAACUGUUUUGCCACAUGCAUAGUGUAUUUAUAUAUAUACCUGUCAGGAUGCUUAGAACAUGUAGAAGUGCUACUGUUCAGAAUGAACAUUUAUUUGAUAAAUGUUAAAGAAUUGAAAAAAGCUUACAUUCUAUGAUGUAGGGCAUGUCAAAACAAAGCCAGCUAAUUCUGUACUCAAGUACUUAAUGUUUAUAGUUAAUACAGCAGUAAUUACAUCUGAUUAUUUGUAUACUGCACAUGUAAGGUACACAUACACAUGUAUGUAUGUAAUUCAUAAGAUUUAAGACAAAGUGAUUGUAAUUUUUGAGUAUUUAUAUAUUUAUUGUUUGUUUUGUUAUUCUUGUCAAUUUUAAAAUUAUCUGAUUUUGUUGCAAAAAUUGGUAUGAACAUGUGCAGUUUAUGUCAUCUCUACAGUGCAUUGUAUGUUUGAGUCCAAAUGAAUUGAUAUAAAAAAUAUUUAUACAUUUUUAAUUGUAUGCAUAUGUCCAUGUAGGUCCCUGGUCAGGUUUGCAGGUGUCCUAUAGAAAUUACAUGUAAUCUGUCUGUCCAGCUGUCUUUCUGUUGAUCCAUCCACAGAUUUUGUUUUUUGGUUCUUUUGAUGAUUGUUUCUAUAUUUAAAUUUGUACACAGGUAUUCACAGAGAGUUAAGACAUAAGAGAAUAAGACAAAAUAUGUCUCAUUACUCUCAGUUAACACAUGUAAACAGUUUUAAUUUAGUAUGCCAUCUGGAUGGUAAUGGGUAGACUUUUAAUGAAUUGGCAAAAAAAGCUGACAUCUAAAAAAAAAUUCGUACUUUAUUUUGGUAAAAUGCAUAUUCAACUGAAUUGUAAUUCAAAGUAAAUAAUUCAAAGUAAAUGGCAAGAACACAGAAUUAUAGUUAUAAGUUUUCAUCACUGCCCUUUGUAAAUACAAAGAUUCAUAAUUUUCAUGUAGUUUGAUAAUAAGGUCACAUUUUCUGAUUGUUUGAAAAUGUCUAAAAUAUUCAAAUUAUGAAACAAUAUGUGUUUUAUUUUUUUUCUUUGUCUCAUUUUAAUUUCCCAUUUAAGUUAUUAUAAUCUCAUCCUUCUACAACCCCACCCCGCUCUGCUGACUGGUCAGUUUUCUAGUUGACUAACUGGCUUUCUGAAUGAAAGGAAUACCUGCUUUUGUUACUUAGUGUAUAAAUUAUACAAUAUUUA